AUGGCUACCCCGGGUGUCCUUACUUUUGAUGCUGAGGGCCGUGCCGUUGACUUUGAGGUCUGGGUCGAUGACCUCCAGCUGUUUCUUCAGUGCGAUAGGGCAGGCGGACUCUCUCUGUUCGAUCUCACCUCUGGUGUCUAUCCCGCCCCGCCUGCUACUUCUGACAGCACUGUUCGCUCACAGUGGGCCACGCGCGAUACUGCUGCUCGCCUUGCUGUGCGUCGCCACUUACCGGCCGCUCAGCGUGCGCACUUUAGCCAGUACAAGAGUGCUAAGACCUUGUACGACGCUCUAGUUGCACGCUACUCCUCCCCUGCCACUGCUGCUCUUUGCCGCCUCAUGCUGCCGUACCUGUUCCCUGACCUUGCUGCUUUUCCCACAGUCGCUGACCUUAUCACUCACCUUCGCACUAGUGACAUUCGCUACCGCGCUGCGCUUCCUGCUGAGGACCACUUCCUCUCAGUUUGCCCCACCACACUCACCGUUGACCUCCUCGAGGAGCGCCUCCUAGCAGCAGAGAGGGCCAUAGUCGCUGUAGGAGCCUCUUGUGGUGACCCUCGCACCCCCCUCUUUGAGGGGUGUUCCCCCUCCCCCCUCUUGCCCUCUGUUGCUUCUGCUGAUGUGCUGCCGUGA